AUGUCGUUCGACAACCGGCUCUCGUUCCCGCCUAACGCGACACAUGUGGUCAAGCCCCACGUGCUCACACCAUGGGGUGUCUUCAACGCCCUCUGGACCUUCGUCAUGGGCUACCGUGCCGACGAGUUCGAGUUCGUCCAGGGCAAGACGCCCUUUUCGACUUUCGCCGAGACGGCCGGCAUGAUCGUGCUCUAUGUCAUCGUCAUCUUCGGCGGCCGCGAGCUGAUGCGUAACCGCCAGCCCUUGAAGCUGAACGGCCUGUUCAAGAUUCACAACUUGUUCUUGACGCUCCUGAGCGGUGGUCUUCUGGUGCUCUUCAUCGAUCAGCUCGUGCCGCAAAUAUGGAAGCACGGGCUGUAUGAGAACAUCUGCGGGUCCAAUGGCUGGACUCGGCCUCUGGAGACUCUGUACUACCUCAACUACAUCACGAAAUACAUCGAGUUGAUCGACACCGUUUUCCUCAUGGUCAAGAAGAAGCCCCUUACUUUCCUCCACACCUACCACCACCCGGCGACGGCGUUGCUUUGCUACACGCAGCUUGUCGGCCACACGCCAGUUUCUUGGGUGCCCAUCACGCUUAACCUGGCCGUACACGUCGUCAUGUACUGGUAUUACUUCCAGAGCGCUUGCGGUGUCAAGGUAGGCUGGAAGCAGUGGAUCACCCGGCUACAAAUCACCCAAUUCGUGCUCGACCUCGGUUUCGUAUACUUCGCCUGCUGGGAUUACUGGGCUGGCACCUACCACCCCUGGCUCCCACACCUCGGGCGCUGCCGUGGCGAGCCCGUCGCCGCCGCCACCGGCUGCCUCAUUCUCACCUCGUACCUCGUCCUCUUUGUCAUGUUCUACAUCUCGACAUACAAGAAGAAGAAGCCCGGCCCUUGCAAGGACGCCCUGACAGGCCCCAAGAAGAGCGGUAAGAAUGUUGCCGUCGCCUUCACCACCGAGAGUUGCGCCAAGCUUGCCACCGACAGCGGUUGCGGCAAGCAACGAUUGUCCAUGAUGGAGCAGUAA